AUCCUCAGUCGUUGGCCGGACCCCGACCCUAAACAACAAACAACAAUUUUUGGUCUCACAAGUUUCCGUUUUUAAACAAAUAAAAAUCAAUUUUUCACACAAAAAUUUUUAGUUGAAACCGACAAAGCAAUAGUUAAAUUUUACCGUGUCAAUCUUAACAAAAAAAAAAAAAAAAGGGAAUUCUGUAAAACAAGCUAAAUAAUAAUAAAGACGACGAACCCAUAACCCUUUCAAAAAUGCAACGAUCGAUUUUCAAGAGUGGCGUUUCGAGGGCUCUGGUCCUUUUGAGCCCAUUGAAGUCCCUUCACCAGAAGGUCUUCUCUGUGGAUGAGGUCCUGGCGGCGGCUCCUAAGUUGAAGAGUCGUUGCCUGGAUCUUCUGGAAAGACUGCUGCACGGUCGCCUGAAUCUAUUGGGCGGUCGUCCUGUUCCACCCAGAUUCCUGCCCAUGCUGGUUGGGGAUCAGGAUCGCAGCUUACAUUUCAAUGCCGAGGAGGACGAGGAGUUUCGCCAGCGUUUGGGAAGGCAGCUGAAGGAGCUACGCGAAGCCCUGCAGGAAACCCAGGAGAAUCGAGAGGAGGAUUUCCAGGACAAGGACGACGAGGAGCAACCCUACACGACGGCCACGGGAUUGGAGGAUCUGACCGAUGAGGAGCUCGACGAAAUGCGGACCGUGCGGAUGAGUUCCGGCCAGGACUCGGAGGGAAAAUCGGGGAACACCGAGCAGCCGGAAACAGCAGCUGAAAUGGAGGCUGAGGAGACGACGGAGGGCAGGCAACCCGGUGCCCAGGAGUCCGAAGAAGUCAUUGAUGUCUACGACAGAGUGCGGGAUGGCGAGAUCGAGGGCGUCUACUGGACGGGCGAGGGCAAGAGGAUUGUAACCCAGGCACCGCAGCGCAAGACGGGACACUCGGGCUUCAUCGAUGGCGAGGGCGAGGAGGUCCUCGUGGAAGAGUCAUCCCCGGGCAAGGCGGCUCCCUAUCACCCCCCUUCGCCCAGGGCCCAGGCCACUUCCAAGCUCCUUCGAAAAGGUCGCAAGCCGAGGACCUCGUCCAAGCCAGCCAGCAACAGCGAUUCCGAUGAAUAACCAAAUUGCCAGCAAUUACAAAACCCUGUAAAAUAAAUACAAAAGGCUAAAGACAAGAAA